UCUUUGCCUUGCUGUUCGCCAGCAUUCACGCCUACAAGCUUUUCGUGCGCCCGCUCCGUAGCCUUGUUGCUCUUGAGACUCACCCUCGCCCUCUCCUCUUCUCCCUCGCCCAUCGCCCAUCGCCAGCAUCGUACACUUUCUCACUCUUGCAUACACACUCACUCGCCAGUCCGGUGACUUCGACACAAAGAUUGCACGGGGCUUUUUUGUGUUGAGUAAUCUGUCUCACUCCAACCAAUACAAACCGGACAACUGGUGUAUAACGUUUGGGUAGUGGCAAGCGGCCCUCUCUCCCCACCUCUGUGCUGCUGUUAGUAGCGAAGGCGAUACUACUCGGGGACUUUAGCACACCAACACCUCCGCGCGCGCUCCUGAGCGUGAGGGAGGUGUGGGGGUGAGCGAGAGGAGGAGGUGUCAAUCCUAGCGCUGCUCAGUGACCAUCGCGGCGCCACCCAAGUAACACCUUACUCUGCUACGCGGCCACUAAACUUCACGUCGUGAAAAUUAUUUCCAGAGGGAGAUGAAUAACGGAUUAACAAUAAAGCGCUAUUCUAACGCAGUGUUUCUCUACCUAACUCACUACCCUCAUUGGAUUUAACCCUUUGUUUCUUUUCAUUUUUUUUUCUCUUUGGUUUUUCACUGUUGAUGUAAUUCUAUUAAGCGAGUGUUCAUUUAUUCUGUGGCAGACAUAAGUGAGAGUUAUUGAGACGUAUUUGUGAGAAUCGUGUGGUUAAUUUGGGAAUGGAAGAUAUGGUAUGUAAAGCCACGAACGCGCACCAUCAACUGACGCCGGCCGUCGGACACUUUGAAGAAGGUGCUCGAGAGUAAAUCGUUCUCCCAUGAUAAUUUCUCACAGAUUUACUGGGAAAGUUGUUGGGAGAAUGAAAUUGAGAUAAAAAUCCUACUGCCACUGGAUUUUUUAAUCAUUAAAUGACGCAAUCUAAAUGUGGAACAAUAUUUUUUCGUGUGAAAGUGUCACACAGUUUCCAGCGUGACAAUUGAUAAACAAAGUGAACCCAAUAAGUUAGUGAUAAAGUGGAUUGUAAAUAGAUGUGAAAAUGUGCAGUUAACGAAUAAAUUGUUUGUAAUCAAAUGUUGAAAAAAACACACCUGAAAGAUGUCGAAUUUGUUGACGUCAAGAUCAGGGGGUGUUUUCAAAAAAGAAAUUUAUCUACUUCGUCCAAUAUCGCGAGAACGUACGAAAAGACCAUCGUAAGCGUGCUAGUUGACAUAUUGACAGCGAAAUUCGAAACCAAAAGGAAUAACUCCAAAAAUACAUAAUCCAACACAAUUCCCAAUAAAUAUUGAUCGAAUAAAAAUUUAAUGUGAACCAGCUCUGAGGGAGAGAGGAGUAUUUGGAGGUUAUUGAGUCACUCGAAGAGUAAUCGACUCCAUUAAAAAAAACUGAAGCCAAUCUCGAUGAGAUUCGAACAAGACACGUCGUGCAGGGGUACCCACUGCGCCAGUACACCAUUACAGGCACCGCAGCGUAUUCACCCAAAGAUAGAAUUUGAAACAUCAAUUGAGGAGCUGUCAGCCGAUCAUACUGACAUUCUAAAUAGUGAUAAGCCUAUUGCUAAUAAUUAUUACGAUUCCUAUAGAGAAAAAUUUGAUUUUUUGAAUAACGAGCCAGUUGAGGGUGGAAAAACGGGUCACAGAGGGGUGACGGGGGGGCCUGGGAUGGCGUACCCCGCACCAGCAGGGCCAACAAUUAAUCAACACUCGCCAUUUUCAACGAUAAGUAGUUCGGCGAGUCAGGGUAACGGGCAUAUUGCAACGAGUCAUUUACCGGCACCGGCGGCACCGAGGCCAACUGAUUUUAGUGUAUCUUCGUUAUUGACCGCUGCCAAUACACAUUCGACGCAUUUGGGAGGAUCAUCCUCACAGGGUAGUGCAUCACCACCCCCUGGUGGACCAAGUAGUCCAGCUGCUGCGCCUGAAACACCACCACCCCAUAGUAAUCAAAGGGACUUAUCGCACAAUUCAGCAGAGGCCGCGGCUGCUAAUUAUUUUAACGCUUUGGCGGCUGCCGGAUUCUGCAAUCCAGGGGCACAAUUUCCACCCAACAAUUCACCUAACGCACAUCAUUUGGCAGCUAAGGGGCUAAUUGGAAGCCCUCAUCAUCAUCCACAAUUUAAUCUUCACGGGCUUGCGUCUCAAGGUCUCGGGCUCGGUCCUCACACGCCUGAAGAAGCGAACGCUGCCGUCCUGGCAGCCGCAGCAGCAGCUCUACAUCACCACCAUCAGGGUGGGCCAGGUGGUCCAACCAUGAGGCCACUGAGGUUGCCACUGCCUCCGGGUAUGAUGCACUCAUCACCACUACCUCUGGCACCCCAUCAUCCACUGGCUGCACCCCAUCAUCUCGUACCACCUCAUCCCCCUGAGGACGAUGGUGUCGUUGAUGAUCCCAAGGUCACCCUUGAGGGUAAAGAGCUCUGGGAAAAAUUCCACAAACUUGGAACCGAAAUGGUCAUCACUAAAAGCGGCCGACGCAUGUUUCCCGCUUAUAAAGUGAGGGUGUCUGGGUUAGACAAAAAGGCUAGCUACAUACUUCUGAUGGACAUCGCGGCAACCGAUGAGUACCGAUAUAAGUUUCACAACAGUAGAUGGAUGGUAGCUGGUAAAGCGGAUCCCGAAAUGCCCAAGAGAAUGUACAUACAUCCAGAUUCACCGAGCAGCGGUGAACAGUGGAUGCAGAAAGUAGUCAGCUUUCAUAAACUCAAACUCACCAACAACAUGAGCGACAAGCACGGCUAUGUAAGUACUACGAUAUUGAAUUCGAUGCACAAGUACCAGCCAAGGUUUCACCUCGUUCGAGCAAAUGACGUACUUGCGUUGCCGUACUCAACAUUCAGAAGUUACGUAUUCAAGGAAACGGAAUUCAUAGCCGUAACGGCCUACCAGAACGAAAAAAUAACGCAACUGAAAAUUGACAACAAUCCCUUCGCCAAAGGAUUUCGAGACACUGGUGCGGGGAAACGAGAGAAAAAAAGACAGGCGCUGUUGACCGUAUCAGGAAGUGGUUCUCGCUUGACCUCAGGUGCACCCGCGUCACCAGAUAAACGCAGAUCGUCAAACUCGGUGAAUGAUAUGCUAGAUGAUGAGGACAAAUUACUAGAUGUUGUAGGUCCUGACACACCGCACCCGGCGCAUCAUCGUGAGCAUUCGAGAGAACGGGAUGAUAGAACGAGUGAGCGCGAAGGUAGUGAGUCAUCGGGAUCGGAAAGUGGAGGAGUCGUUGGUGGUCCAGGUUCGGAGGGUCCGAGAACUGAUAUUUCAGUAGGUCCCCCAGUGCUGCAUCCGCCAUUACUACCAUAUUUCUAUCCCUCGGUACCGGGCUUAUAUCCUGGACCAGGACCUCUCAUACCUCCAAAUCCGCUGGGACUUCACAGUGGAGUGACUCCUAGUAUGUUGCUGAAUGCUCAAUUAGCAUUGGCAGCCUCCCAACACCCAGCAUUAUUCGGUCAUUAUCCUCACCCCCUUUCAAGCCCUCUUCAUCAACUCAAGGGGCACAGGUUUGCCCCCUAUGCACUGCCAGCGCCAUCUCACGGAUCAGCCUUUGAAACAGUGACACCUGGGAGCAGAACAUUGAGUCCAAGGUCACCACCUCCAAGACCUCCAACAGGAUCUCCGACUCCCGGGAGUGGAGCUUCAUUAACAUCAAACACGGGAAUAUCAGCCGGUGAGCUUAAAUCUAUUGAAAACAUGGUGAACGGUUUGCAGGAGAGGCGAAACGUAAAAAGGAGGCGGAGUCCGAGUUUAACUCCUGGACAUAGAAACGAAGCGGACGGUGGGGGUGGGAGUCCGUGACAAGAGAACGAGCCCGUGAGUAGUACCAAGAUUGAUCCCGAAGAUGAGGAUCUUGAUGUUACGAGUGGCGAUGGCUCUACCGAGGAAAUUGAACUGGAGCCCGACUCGACCUCGGAGCCAUCGUAGCCGAUGCUUCGACAUUCACGGACCCCACUACAAUAUCAAUCCAACGAAUGAUGCAGAAAACUAUUAUCAAAGUGCAAUUUGAAGAGAGAAGUGAUGGUUAGGAUAAAAUCGGCAAAAAAUGUCGAUUCCGAUACUGGGGAGGAAAUAAAUUUUAGAUUGAAAAAUUCUCAAAGUUCGCGUGUGACGUGUGUACAUAGUUUUAAUUAAGUGCCUGGAAUGAUAAUUUUCCAGGUCUCAAAAAUUAAGUUUCCAUUCGAUGGCACUGCAAUUUUUGGUUUUGUACUCUGCUAACUGUCUCUUCAAGGUCAUAAAUACCUAGCAGAGUUUGAUACCCAAAUUUCUACCACCUCUGUAUAUUUUAAUGUUCUAUAAUUUUUCGUCAACAAAGACAGACAAAUCGAUGGUGAAUUAUGCCUUACAUCGCCUAAAACUUGCGUUUACGAGGAUAAGGACAAACAAAACAAGGCUUAAGGAGGAAUUUACGUAAUUCAUUAUUAAUUAUUGCAAUAUGUAAGAGUAAGGAGAGGCGAAGAAAAAAAACAAUUAAGAUUAUAAUGUGAGUACUUUUGACUCUAUGCAGCUCCCCCUCCCGCCCCCUGAAUUGUACAUAUGUACCCUAGUGAUAUAUAUAUAUAUACGUAUAUACGUAUGCAUACGUAUACAUAUAUAUAUCUAUAUAUAUACGUAUAUACGUGUAUAGGUAUACACAUAGUCUAUAUAAAUAUUAAUAUUAUAUAUAUAAAUAUUAUAAAUACAACUAUCCCCUCCAUAUUAAUUAUUGAAUAUGAUUAAAGUAAUUCAUUAGAGCGGAGAUGGAAAAUUCAUGUAAAUGCAUAAAGCGCACGCUGCCCUGAUAUUGCGCAAAAGAAUCAGUGAAAUAAAAGAAGCGAUGAUAUGGUAAAAUGGAAAAGAGACGCUGCCUCGACCGACUCGCAGUUUUGUUCUGUUCAACGAGAUCGCCCCAUCUAUUUUCCUUUCUUUUCACUCAGGAAUAAUCGUGUAAUAAUGAUUUAAAUUAUUGAAUAAUGAGAGGGAGGAAAACGUUCAUGUGAUAGUGGUAAAGUGAGUGAGCCUACGACUCACCGUUUCAAAUAUUAAAGAUAUGUUUCCCUUUCUAAGUUUUCCCCCUCUUUCACUUUUCUUCGUUACCACCCAGUUAUUUUCUUGUUUCUUUCCAUUACUGUUCAUUGGAAACAAUUUUCCGGUUUAUGAUAUAGAUUAUUUCUUGCGUCUCAUAAUCGGUAUGGCUUUAAAUUUUUGCUCGUAGAACGAGAGUUGCUGUUUCAAUACUCAGUUUAUGAAAUUUCUCAUUGUUAAGAAUUUUUACGGAAAAUCACAUCAUUACAUCAGCCAUUUCCAUGGAAAUCAAAAUGGCUGAGCUUUUUCAUUAAUUUGGAUAAUCGCUCAGAUGUUUUGAGAAUAAUUCAAAUGAAUGAGGGAGCUGUGAUUAAGAUCUUUUAAACGCUGAACAAUUUGUCACUUUAUGUUGAAUGAUCUCUAAAUUACAUUCUCUCCCGUACAGAAAUGGUACUAAAAUGACGAAAUAGAAAUUUUCAAAAAAAACCUAUCUUGCAUUAAUUUUUUUUCAUCGUUUCAUCUUACUUUAUGCCACCAUCACUCAUAUCCAAAACAUUAUAGACGUUAUUAAUGCGACUGAAAAAAUCACAUUUUUUAUUCUCAUAAUGCAAUGUUUUUUCAUUAAAAUUUUUUCAUCAAAUGACAUUAAUUGAACUCUAUCUCGAUGAAGAACAAAAAAGCGUCGAUCAACAAUGGAACAUAAAUUACGCCAUUCUGGAAUCAAACGCGGAGUUCAAAAUUGACAUAAUUAAAAGAAAUAAUGUGUUUGGAGGGGAAUGAUUAGGGCUCGAUAGAUCUGCAGUGAAGGUUUCAAUAAUGAAACGUUGAGAUUUACAAGAUAAAAUGCAUGAUAUUUGUGAAUACAUUUGCUCAAACCCCAUGUCUUUUCUUCCAAGAGCAUAUGUGGUGCUGCGUCAGAACGGCAGCGUCCCUCUGGCGGUCGAUAGAAAAAGAAAAAGAAAAAGAAAAACAAAAAAGCCUAGGGAAAUGAAAUAAUAAAAUAAACAUAAGAAUGCAAUAAAAAAGGGGCCGUGAGCGGACUUAUCAUUUUUCCGAAUCAUAAUUCCUACGGCUUGUGUUGUAUAUUGUACACUCUUAGAGCCAAACAAAAAAUAUCCCUACCUCCGCCUAUUCUCCCUAUUACCCGCCCGCCACCCUUGGAAAAUUCUACAUGACUAAAAAUUAUAUAUUAAUUUAAAAACAUAGAAA